CCAACGACUUAGCAAGAUGGACAUUUCCGAGUUUCCUAGGUCUGACUAGUGUGUGAACGCAGCAAUAACCACGGAUCGGGGAAUUUUAACGUAGUCUACUGUCAACCUCAACAAGGGGAAAUUGGAUGUUGGACAUGAAGUUAGCUAGUUAAUGCCAAAUUGAUUAAUUUGUUGUUGACAGAGCUAAGGUGUGGUGAAAAACAGUGUCAAGCCUAUUAGGCCUAACUUCACAAGUAUUGUGUGUGAGACACCUCCAACAUUAACAUUCCAAUGCCUCUGCUAUUCCUGGAGAGGUUUCCCUGGCCCAGUCUGCAGACCUACACAGCGCUGAGUGUGGCUCUGCUGGCUGGAAGCAUCUUCAGCGCCUACACUACUGUGACAGAACAGGGGUUCGGGGUUCCAGACAUGGACGAGCCUCCACCACCUGCACCCUUAUUAGGGGAUAAUAGAGGCGGCCUAGGCCUAGAACAUGUGACUAGCGAUGAUGUUGUGGGUGCAGAUACAGAAUUGGCGACCACUGUUAUGUGGUACCUGGUCACCGACAGUCUCUUUGUAUGGGUGUUGGUGAAUACAGCUUGCUGUUCUCUGAUGUUAAUUGCUAAGAUGAUCCAGUGCAUGGUUUUUGGGCCCCUUCGAGUCAGUGAGAAGCAGCACCUUAAGGACAAGUUCUGGAACUUCAUCUUCUAUAAGUUCAUCUUUAUCUUCGGGGUGCUGAACGUUCAGAUGGUGGAGGAGGUGGUCAUGUGGUGUCUGUGGUUCUCUGCUCUGGUCUUCCUCCACCUCAUGGUCCAGCUGUGCAAGGACCGCUUUGAAUAUCUGUCCUUCUCUCCCACUACUUCUAUGAACAGCCAUGUGCGUGUCCUUACCCUGCUGGUGUCCCUGCUGCUGGGCUGCUGUGGUCUGGCUGUGGUCUGUGGUCUGCUGGGCGCUGCCCAUGGCAUGCACACCCUCUCCUUCAUGGCUGCCGAGUGUCUGCUGGUUACUGUGCGGACUGGACAUGUCAUCAUGAGGUACAACAUUCACCUGUGGGAUCUGAACCACCCAGGCACCUGGGAGAGUAAGGGUUCCUACGUCUACUACACUGACUUCAUCAUGGAGCUGUCUAUGCUGUCCCUGGACCUUAUGCACCACAUUCACAUGCUGCUCUUUGGUAAUAUCUGGCUGUCCAUGGCCAGUCUGGUGAUCUUCAUGCAGCUGAGGUAUCUGUUCCAUGAGGUGCAGCGCCGCAUCCGACGCCACAAGAACUACCUCCGUGUCAUCAACAACAUGGAGGCCAGGUUUGCAGUGGCCACAGCCGAGGAGCUGGUAGCCAACAGUGAUGACUGUGCCAUCUGCUGGGACACCAUGCAGACAGCACGUAAACUGCCCUGCGGACACCUCUUCCACAAUUCCUGCCUGCGGUCGUGGCUGGAGCAGGACACGUCGUGUCCAACAUGCAGGAUGUCCCUGAACAUCAGUGGUGAUGGAGGUCCGGCCAGAGGCCAGCAGCAGGGGACUGGCCUCCCACUGGAGAACAACCUGGGCCCUGGGGGCCCCGCUGCAGAUGCCAGACCACACCUCAACCAACACAAUCACUUCUUCCACUUUGAUGGCUCCCGCAUUGCCAGCUGGCUGCCUAGUUUCUCAGUAGAGGUGAUGCACACAACUAACAUCCUGGCUAUCGCUCAGCAGGCCAACAACUCUCAGCUCAACACCAUGGCCCAUCAGAUCCAGGAGAUGUUUCCUCAGGUUCCCUACCACUUGGUGCUGCAGGACCUGCAGUUGACCCGCUCUGUGGAGGUCACCACCGACAACAUCCUGGAGGGACGCAUCGUGGUGCCCUUCCCUGCCCUGGCGGCUGAGCGUUCCCCCGUGCAGGUGAACCCAGGCCCAGAGGAGGGGGCAGGAGCCAGUGGGGGGGUGGAUACUGCUCCCAGAGAGCUGAACAGCCUGGAGGUCAGAGGGAGCCGUUUCUCCAAGUCUGCAGAGGAGAGACAGAAGAUGCUGCUACAGAGGAAGGAUGAGCUGCUGCAACAGGCACGCAGGAGAUACUUGAGAAAGAGCCCAGAGGACGAGGAGGACCUGCCCACUCUGGAGGAAGACGCCCCUGUCUCAGACGUGACCAUGCUGAGACGCAGGACCAUGGCAGCAGCUGCAGAGAGACGCAUGCAGAGCCAACCAGACCCUGCUCCCUGAGACUAUACUGGACUGUAAACUCCCACCUAAUGCCCUUGGAGUGUCCAUCAAACUCCUCAUGUCCCACCUAAGAGGCACCUCCACCGAAAGAGCGCUCUACGUUAUAUGAUCAAUGGAAUUACCUAAAUAAAAACAUUACAUUACAAAGUGUUACAAGAAGCAUGGGCUUUGGCUGCACUGUUUUAGGCUGCCCUAGUGAGAUAUGAGAACUGGGCCUUGGGAAUGGUACCAGCCUCCUCUGAACUUUCACCAGGCACCAGAGGCUUAAUUGGACAUGGAUCACCAGCGUUUUAAAGGAGUGGUGUGUGUCUGUCUGAGUUUCUGAAGUGCACACCUGUCAUCACAUAGCUCUAGCCCCCCAGCUUCACUAGACUUACCUGCCAUUCUCUUUACUGGCCAUGAUGGGGAAGGAAAGAGCAUGGUGUCACAGUCCGAGGAUGCUGCUGAGGUUAGUUAAGGUUUGUUAAGGUGCUGUCGCUACAUACAGCUCAUAGUGUAAUGGAGUGGGACAUAGUUUGUAUUGGUUUUAUUCAACAACAAAAAUAUUUGUGUUGUAAUGAGCUAUUGAUAUCAUGGGUUUGGUUGAUAACAUACUGAUGUUAUUUUAUAAGAAUGGAGUGAAAACUGUGAAUUAAGAGUAGGUUUAAUAGAUUAAAACAUUGUGAAGCUUUUUUAAAUUUUUAAUUAAGAGAAUGUCACUUAAUGUCACUCAUCGAAAUAUGAAUGUACUUUAUCCACAAUGCUGCAGAGAGAGAGUAGAAGUGUUUAAAUUCUGGGUGUUGUGGAGACCUGGUUGUAAAUGUGUUAAAUGUCACAUAUCCACCCAAGAAAGAACACUAUCUAAAUAGGAAGACGUAAUAUUUUUGUCUCCUGACAGACAGUAAAACUCUCACCAGUACAGAGUUAUAGAGUGGCUCCCUGACCUCCUAGGUCAACCAGUGGUUUCUAUCUGCAGUCUGUAUACCUCUAAAACUUCCCAAAGCAUACCUACACUGUAUUAAACAUCCAUUGAUAGAGGUAUAGAAGACUGUAUGGGCUCAGAGGAGUUGGGUAGAGGUUUGAAUACUGAUGAACCUAUCUGAUUCACUCACUCACACUCCAUUCAUGCACUCCAUGUACUGGUAGGUUCAUUCUUGCAGAUGAUAUGUAGGCCUAUGUUUUGGAUUCUUGCAGACGAUAUGUAGGCCUAUGUGUUGGAUUCUUGCAGACGAUAUGUAGGCCUAUGUGUUGGAUUCUUGCAGACGAUAUGUAGGCCUAUGUGUUGGAUUCUUGCAGACGAUAUGUAGGCCUAUGUGUUGGAUUCUUGCAGAUGAUAUGUAGGCCUAUGUGUUGGAUUCUUGCAGACGAUAUGUAGGCCUAUGUGUUGGAUUCUUGCAGACGAUAUGUAGGCCUAUGUGUUGGAUUCUUGCAGACGAUAUGUAGGCCUAUGUGUUGGAUUCUUGCAGACAAUAUGUAGGCCUAUGUGUUGGAUUCUUGCAGACGAUAUGUAGGCCUAUGUGUUGGAUUCUUGCAGAUGAUAUGUAGGCCUAUGUGUUGGAUUCUUGCAGAUGAUAUGUAGGCCUAUGUGUUGGAUUCUUGCAGAUGAUAUGUAGGCCUAUGUGUUGGAUUCUUGCAGACGAUAUGUAGGCCUAUGUGUUGGAUGUCUUUGAUAACUCAAGGCUUUUUAAAGUUGAGUGGUAGAUAUGCAUGAUUCACAAUGGAAUGCUUUAGUUUACGUUUACCCCAAAGAACAUUGAUCCCAUGAACUUCCACAUGAUGCAGAUUUCUUUCUUUGAGAUGUGCAUAUUUUUGUGUCUCUUUCAGCUUGUUUCAUCUGUGGGAUUGUAAGAAGUUUCUACUAACUGUGUUUCAGAGAUGCACUUCUUGUCAAAAACAAAAUACACUAGUCAGUUUUUCAUUGAUUCAAGCUAUUGAUCAACUCAUAUUUUCAUAUCCAUGUCAUUUUUAUAUUCAUAAGGGGUUAUUUUUGUAACCAUUGUAUAUUUAAUCUUAAUCAAAAACAUGAAUUAAUCUUUUGGACUGAGCUUUCCUCAUAUUUUGUGCCUAAAUCAAGAAUAUAUGGUUUGAUUGUGUAAAUAAUGUAGUUUUUGUAAGAACUGCUCAAGUAACAUGAACAAAUGAUCAAUAAUAAACAGAGCUUCUCUACA